GAGCGGCUUCCGAUCCCACCGGAAGUUGCGAACGGAGGCCGGUGCUGCGGUACUGUGGAGGUCGUGGUGACCCUGGGCUGCCGCCACGAUGGGCCGCGAGUUUGGGAACCUGACGCGGAUGCGGCAUGUGAUCACCUACAGCUUGUCACCCUUCGAGCAGCGCGCUUUCCCGCACUACUUCACUAAGGGAAUCCCCAACAUGAUUCGCCGCAUUCAGGCAUCUUUCCUUCGGGUGGCGCCGCCAUUUGUAGUGUUUUAUCUUGUCUACACAUGGGGGACUGAGGAGUUCGAGAAAUCCAAGAGGAAGAAUCCAGCUGUCUAUGAAAAUGACAAGUGAGCAACUCAUGAUGAUGUUUCCCUGUUUCUGAUAUGACAGAACUGGAGUCUGCGUUGUAGUAUCUUGAAGACACAAUAAAUGUCCAGUGGGCAGCAUUGUUGUGAUUUUACAUUUUCGUGAGGAGAAUCUUCCAUUUGACUGCUAAGUUCCUGAAGCUCUGCUCCUCAGCAUGAGUCCUUGAGCAGUUUUCCCUAGUCUGAAGUUUUGGUGAAGGAGUAGAGCUCACCUGUUUGUUCCAUAAUCUACAAAAGUAACUGUAGCUACUCCUGCAGCUAGCCAUCUGUGGGUGGCAUGGGCCAUGGGGAGUGUUGGUUUGUGGCCCUCUUCUCCCAUAAUAAAGUUACUAUGUGUCAGGUAUUCUUCAAA